AUGGCCACUGAGAUAUCCCAAAGAUCCGCAAAGAGGGUCCGGCUAUCGGCUAACGAGGCGAAGGGCAUCUUCAGCGAAACGGUUACGAUAGUCGUUGGGCCACAGGGAAAUGUCUUCCAUGUUCACGAAGACCUUCUCAGGGAAUCGUCCCAAUUUUUUGAUAAGGCCAUGGGGGCAGGUUGGAAAGAAUCUCAGGACAGAAAGAUUACGCUCCCGAGUGACGAGCCGGCAAUCGUGGCGUUAUAUGUGUAUUGGCUCUACUACGGUGCUAUCCCUAUGUCCCCUGAAGUGACUUUCAAAUCCGCCAAGUUGGACGAUCUCCGCCACGUUAAGGCCUGGAUUCUUGUUGACAAGCUUAUCGACACCAAGUUCCAAAACGCAGUGAUCCACGCAAUCCUCGAGAGGGUGAACACACCGACGAAGAACGGGACACCCAUAAACGUCUCGCGCGGCGCAGUCAACUACGCAUUUGAGAAUACUAUGAAAGGGGCGUCUAUUCGUCGCCUCUUCGUAGAUUCAUAUUGCUGGAAUACAGAGAGAGAUGUGACUUCAUUCUGGAAAACAGAAGAAGAUAUCCCCCAUGAUUUCCUUGUGCAGGCUGUCAAGGUUCUAGUCAAGCCGCCCUUCUUAACCGCGAAGCUACAGGCGUCGAAUUACUACGUCCAGAAUCAGGAGGAGAAAGCCAAAGGAUGA